GGUCGAGCCGGGCGGUGUGUUCGAGUUUUUUUCAUUUCAUGUGGUGAUGUUGCGCUCUCUGUUGGUUUUUGGAUGUUCUUCGAAACUGCAAGAGUCAUUGCAUUAAUAUACUGCUUGACAUACACAUGAGCGAUUUUCCUGCACCAAAUGAACCUUCAGAUGUUAAUGAGACAGAACUAUUUAAUUUGGAUAAUCUUAGUUAUCGAGAUGAAGGAAAUAAUACAAUCGUAGUAUCCAAUACAAAGACUAGUUUGAUAUUGCGAAUUCGGAAAACCAAUGUUGGACGAAAUGGAUACUGGUCUAAAGCUCACACCAAACGAUCUGAGAUAUUUGCAAAUCAGCGUAUACUUCUUCAGUUCGGUUCGCAAUUUCUUAGCAGCAUACAUCUCAUCAAAACAAGUCCAACAUUUCUUCGUGAACUAGAAAAAUCAAUCGAACCUUUUAGACCCGCCUACCGUAAAGUCAAAGGAGUGGACCUUUCUGAAAAUUUCGUUUUUGUCACAUCAGAUGCUACACAGAUGCCAUCACAUCUUGUGAAAUAUGCAUUCGGUCCAACUUUAAGCGUAGAAAUCAAGCCAAAGUUUGGUGCUAUCCCAAUAUGGCCUGCUACUGGAGUCGUCAAUCUAGUUAAAAACUCCGCUUCACUUUUCUGUUUAAGGCAAGAACAUUCUAGUAAACGAUCACGUUGGAAAGAUCUGUCAACAUAUUGUCCUUGUGACCUAUUUUCUGGUGAUCAUGACCGGCUGGUACAUGGUUUAAAUGCUCUACUGACUACGCCCCAAAAUAAUUUUCGAGUUUACUUGGAUAGUCAUCCUAUUUAUUCUCACGACGUAGAUAAACUAGAUUAUGGCUUGAAUAAAUUUUUUCACUUGGAACAUAAUUCAGUUUCUUCAAGUAAACAACAAAGUGAACUUCCUAAUGGUUUUGAUCAUAGGAAUGUUUGUAGUUGUUCCGAAGAAUGUCAAUUCGUCAAUGAUAGGGAUCGAUUGGUACGUGGCACUCUACUGAAAGCAUUGUUGCACAAGUUUGACUGUACAAAUGAUGAUACAAAGGCGCUCAUUCCAUUCAACUCAACUGAUCGUCAACCUUUUUCAAUGCAUUGUGCAUUACAUGCGGAUCAAAAAUUUCAUUCAACUUCAUGUGAUAAUUGUUAUAGCAUACAAAGAAAUUGUACACUACCAGAUGGUUGUAUUUUACAACGUAUACUUUCCGUUCAAUUAUUGAUCACGACAGAUAUUGCUUUUAUCUUUCCGCAUUAUAAACGUGUACGUACUUUUUUAACAUCACAUGGAUGGACAUGGGAGAUGUGGCUUAAACUAGCACAGAAAGGUGAAGUGUCAAAAUAUUUGGACACACAAGAAAUCGCUGAAAGUUUUGACAUAGUUGAAAAAUAUUUGAUCGCCUUGAUUGCUCGGGAUUGCUCAAUUAUGAUUACUGUGCAACGUGCAAAACCUGACUGUCCACUACCAUCGUCUAUUAUUUCGGGCACAUGUUGUAUUCCCAGAAUGUUAAUUAGUUGUGCCAUUAUAGAUCUAGAUCCGAAACCCUUGGAUAAACUACGUGAUCGACUAGAUUUGGAGACAGCAGUUGCAAUGGAAGCGAUCAAUCGACAGUUUAAAUUGCUUUUACCGAAAAGUCUUUCAUAAUAUACGUGCUCAGAUUCUUGUAUUUUCUGUAAUGGUUUUCAGCAUUUGUUUUGCCUUGACUUUUAAAUACUCCCUUUUCUGGAUACAUAUAUACCUACCGCCUAGUUUGGAUAUCCAUAUUGUAACUAAAAUUUUCUUUUCUCAUAUAAAACAGUACUUUUGUUCUGUGUUGGAUGAUCUUUAGUGAUAAAAGAACGUAUGGGAAGUAAUUCAAAUACCUCUAUUUUGUAGAUUUGUACUCGCGUGCCUAUUUUGUAUGCAUGAUAUAAAUCAUAACAAAUGUAAGUUAUUAGAACUGUUAUGUCUCUUUUGAAAUCAACUGGAUAUUUCAGUUGAUCCGAGUACUACAGUGUGCUUCCAAAUUAUAAUGUAAGAUUUUUCGUUAUUAUUAUUGGUUUGUUUGUGCUCUCGUUUUAAUGUCUAGAUACGACGGCAAAGUUUCAAAGUUCUUUUCUUGGUUCCCGACCUAACAUUCACAGACUUUUUGUUAUUGCUACAUUUUUCCCCUUCACAAAACGAACUAACUCUGUAGAAUUUCGCAACAUUUUGUUAUCUGUACAGUGUAAAAUAAAAAAGUAUUGUCAUCUUGUCAAUAAACUUCACAAGUCAACUAA